AUGAAGUGGGUUCCGGUGGAUAACAAAGUUCUAGGGUUAGGGUUUGAAGAAACCAGAUGGAAGAACAGUCGUCGAGGGUUUCACAAGCUUCUGCCUUUAGAACCACAAACCACAUCUUUGAUGAUCAAAAAUGUUCCAAAUAGAUAUACUCGGAAGUUACUGGUCCAGACUCUUGAUAAUCAUUGUAAACUUGAGAACAGGAAGCUCGGUGGUAACAAGUCUGCUUAUGAUUUUGUUUACCUGCCGAUUGAUUUCAAGCGCCGAAGGAACGCUGGGUUUGCGUUUGUGAACUUCACAAACCCUGAGGCGGCGUUUAGGUUUCGCGAUGCGUUUCAUGGCAGACAUUGGAAUCUGUUUGAGAGUUCGAAGGUUGCUGAGAUUACAAGAGCAAGGAUUCAGGGUAAGGCAGCUUUGAUUAAUAACUGCAAAGGUAUGGAUUUUAGCUAUGGUUCGGAGGAAGACAUGCCGGUGUGGUUUGCACCGGCGAGAGAUGGAUCAGAUGAUCAGGUUAGGUCCAAAAUGUUUGUGGUGGGGAAGUUUUCUUGGGCUAAAAUGAAAUUUGGGAAUUAGGUCAUCACACGUGUGUGUGUGUGUAUGUUGUUUAGUAUGUGCAAAUAGUAGGGUGGUGGAUUUGAGCACCUGAACCAGGGGCGCAGGGUGUUGUGGUCCACCACUUGAUUGUGUGUUUGUUGGUCAAAUGAUAAUAUGAGAUUUGGUGUUUAACAUAGAC